AUGGAGGACCUCAGAGCCAUGCACAUCGCCAUGGCUGCAACACAGCCUCAAAAUGGGACCCAACGGGAUGAGUGGGAGGAAUGGACAGACGAUGAGGCACCCACGCCCAGAGCAGACGACUUCCCCGCCCCAUUGGCGGUACCAGGCUUUUCCUCUUCGUCAAAAACACAGACCUCCACCGCACAGCGGUCCUCCAAGCCGAGACAGUCGACCAUGAGAAUCCAGAGACUCAAGUCUCGCAAGCGGCAAAAAGACCAGAAUGCCAAGGCGGGCAUCAGACUGGUCACAGACAUGACCAGGUUCCGAAAGGGGCCUCAACACGCCGUACAGCUCGUGAAGCCUGCGCCUGGCCCUCACUCCAGUCAUCCGGCCACAGGCAAGUUCUCUGACGCGAGCGCCUUGAGGGCUCUGGAAGGGUCGCCCAAUCCCGGCUCGGUUGGGAACUGGGCCUGGCUCAAGAACAGCCCAUCAACUGCUUCAGUCUCGACCUUUCAAGGCGAUACCACCCCUGACAGCAGCAAGAUAGUCAUUGGUAUAUCCUUGCCCGAGGAUGACGCUGCCGGCAAGGACAUCAGCCCCCAGACUGCCGUCGUCGCCACUCCUUUUGACAGACUGCCUUUCAGCAAGCCUUCGACGAAUCCCUUCCAGAACCAGCAGCCCAAAUCUGCCUGGUCCCCCGACACAGAGGAUAGCUUCUCCCCGGCGCGCCAUCUUCGCUAUACGUCAGGUCCAUCACCACAGGUCACGAGCGCCACGCCCGGGCAGCCCGGCGUGCCACCUGUGCCAGCAUUGCCGACGUCCCUGAAAAAUCCAGCCAGGGCCAGGCUGUCGAGGAGUGACUUUGACGAUGACUCCGAUUCCACCCCGAUCACCUUGUUCGAGGAGGAUGGACACAAGACCCCAGCCUCCGCGACCUCAAAGCUCUCACCGGGAGCAAUGACGGCGACGAGCGCCCGGUCUGGCUGGUGGGACCACCUCACCACUCCUUUCCGCGAACGCUUCAGCCCAACAUCAAAGUCUGACAAGGAGGCCCCGAGUCCGGCUGCAGAUGAGUGGUGGAAAGGACAAGAUGAGAAGAAGUCGAUCGGCGCCGCUCAUAUUGAAAACCAUCCAGCCUACAGCGCCGCUUCGGCAUCUUCUGCGACACUGCGGCCACACCCAUCGCCCGUCCCCAUCAUCCGCGUUCCAACACCGACGAUAGCGUCUUCUUCAUCUUCCGGCGCGUCCACCCAAGCGCCAGGUCACGAGGGCGAGUCUCGACCCGAAAAGGCGAGAGCCAUGAUGGAGGAUGAGGAGGGCCAUGACGCCCCGACGGAAAUGCCACCACCGUACGAGCGAACACCCUCCACCAAGCAGCCCAAGCCCGUUCGAUUCCGCGCCGUCUUCCCUCCAGGACACGAACUAUCCAACACCUACCCGCCUUCUCCGCAGCCGGGCAGCCCCGGUCUGGACGGGACGAUGACCUCACAGGGAGCCAUCAAAAUGUCUGAUGUACCCCUGACUCCGGCGCUUGGCACAAGCACUCCGCUGCCAGAAAGAAAACCAGGCACUUAUGUGACUGGAGACCACUUCCUCGCAAACUAUGGAAAUGACCCCGCCGCAAAGAUCGAGCGGACCAGGCGCAGGCACGAGAAGGAAGACUACGUCGCCCACAAGGCCGGGGGGUUCUGGAGGGGCCGCGGAUGCGUCCCCGAGAGCGGGUGUUACGGCCGCUCGGGUCGGGAGGGCCGCCAGCGCAGGAGGGUCUGGAUCGGCGCGAUCUGCCUCGCGUUCCUGUUGCUGACCACCCUCGGUGUUGUCCUGGGUGUUGUGCUCUCACGCAGGAUGGCGCGCGGACCCGGUGGUGACACUACACCCACCACAAGCGGCUCCACAGGCGGCUCUACAGGCGGCUCUGAGAUCCAAAACACCUGGCUCAACCUGACCGACUUCCCACCUAUGCCUACCGGCCUGUCGACCAUCGUAGCCCCGGACAACUCGCAGGUCGUCAACGGCUGCGCCGCGCCGUCGACACUCUGGAGCUGCUCGCUGCCUCCUGAGCAGCAGGCAGCGAACGAGCCUUCUGAUGCCGACCAGCCUGGAUUCAUCUUCCAGAUCCAGUAUGACAACAACACCCGCCAGCUGUGGAACAUGCCCAACGGCACUCCCCCAACACCAACCCGACCCCAAGCAUCUACCUCUUCCAAGGCGAGUGCUUCCAAUACGGCCUCAUCAUCCACCAGCGCAAGCGCAAGCGCAAGCGCCACCAACAACAUCCAGGGCGGCGACCUGAGCAACCCCAGCUCGUCCCCAGGAAAGCGUGCCAUCAACCUAUAUGACACCGGCAUCGCGCCCAACCCCGACCCGCCGUCGUUCCAGGAGAUGUGGUUCCUGGGCAACACGACGGACGGGAUCGUCUCGGACGAGAAAGCGGGCGAGCCCACGCCCUUCUACAUCAGCUUCUUCACCAACACGAGCGGCUCGGCUGGGCCGAACAUGCUCCGGUCGGACGGGGCCGGGAAGCGCGGGAUAGGCAACGGCAUCGGAUCCGGGUCCGACAGCACGGGCAGCCUGUCCGACUUCCUGCCCCCGCCGCCCCUCAACGCCGACGGCACGGGCGCGCCCGCGCAGCUGCGGCCGUACCCCUUCCAGCAGCCCCUGCGGCUCUUUGACCGCGGCCUGCCGACAGAGCACUACGGCUUCUACUCGUACUUCAACAAGACCAUCUACGUGACGUCGAUGGACGGCAACGACAGCUCGGGCCCGGUGGCGGCGGACGCGAACGGCGGGUCGCGCGAGGGCACGGCCAAGUUCCUCGUGUCGUGGACGCAGACGCGGUUCAUCGUCAAGAUCUGGACCCGGAAGGGCGGUGCCAGCAGGCUGAUGGGCGGCUCCGGCCGCCCGGCCGCGGACGUCGACGACCUGGCCUCGAUGCCGGGGACCUUUCCCUACCCCGUCACCGUGGGCGAGGACACCCACGGCGGCAGCGUCGACCUCAAGGCUACCUUUGCGUACGGCGUCGAGCCGGACCGCCACGUCAACACCACCGACGCCACGCUAUUUGCCAAUGACGUUGGCUUCGGUGCUCCUGCUGUCAACCCCCGGUUGCCCAACGGUGACCUGAGCUGGGGCGGCGUGGACGGCGGCACGGGUGGUUGCCGGUGUGAGUGGGUGAACUGGGUGGAGGCUUGA